ACGGAUUCUCUCAGCUUAUCUAGUAUUCUCUGAGCUGGGCGAGUGGGUAGACAAAUAAGGGAAACUCCUGGCCUCACGUGUCAAGACGGAGCUAAAACGAACCCAGCGAACAGCUGAGCGCUCGAGUGUGUGUGUGUGUGUGUGUGUUCAUUCCCAGGCGCGCGCGGCUCGAGCGUCUUUGUCUGUGCACGCGCGCUGUGUGAUAGCACCAGCAUGACACGAUUCUCUUACUCCGAAUAUAUCGCAUUAUUUCGAUCAAAUGACAUUAAAAGAAACUCGCCGCCGCAGAAAAUAUCAUCAUCUGAACACGCUGCACACCGCGAGGAGGAGCCGACAGAAGAGCGUUGUGCGGUCAGACGAUCUGAAGCGUGUGACUCAGACUGUGACUGGACGGCUCUGCAUGAAGCGGCUGACGGCGGACACACACACAGCGUUCAGGCUCUGCUGACAGAUGGUGGUGUGUGUGUGGACAAGCGCACGCUUCAGGAGCAGACGCCGCUGCUGCUCGCCGUUCAGGGCACACACCUGGAGUGUGUGAGGACUCUUCUGGAGGCAGGAGCCGACCCCGACAUCAGCAACAAGAACAAAGAGACGCCUCUUUAUAAAGCGUGUGAGCAGGAGAGUGUGAGCGCGGUGAAGCUGCUGCUGGCGUUCGGUGCGGCUGUGAAUCAGCGCUGUUAUCACGGCUGGACCGCGCUGCAUGAAGCAGCGAGACGAGACAACCCUGAGCUCUGUGAGACGCUCCUGAGGGCCAGAGCCGCUGUAGACGCCCGCAACGCUGACCACGUCACACCCGCGAUAGAAGCGGCUCGACACGGACGCACAGAAGCGCUCGCUCACCUGAUCAAGAACGGUGCUGAUGUGAACGCUCAGACGUGUGACGGGAACACGGCUUUAACUGAGGCCUGCAGACACGGUCACACACACACGGUCAAGCUUCUGCUCAGACAUCACGCAGACGCCAACCACUCCAGCAGCACCAGACUCCUGCCGCUGCACAUGGCCAGCCAGCACGGACACCAGGAGAUUGUGUCCUUAUUGCUCCCGAUCACCAGCCGGGUGAGGAUUCGUCAAAGCGGCAUCUCUCCACUCCAUCUGUCAGCGGAGCACGGCCAGUGGAUCAUCAUGAGUCUCCUGAUCGAGUCAGGGUUUGAUGUUAACAGCAGACUCUCUCAGGAGUGCUCGGCCAGGUUCCAGGACCGCCGUGUUUCGGCUCUGUACUGCGCCGUCGCUGCCAGGAACACGCGGGCCGCUGCUGUCCUGCUGAGGGCCGGUGCGGAUCCCAACAUGGACCCCUGCAGCCCGCUGCUGCUCGCGGUGCGUCACGGCUGUCUGGAGACUGUAGCGCUGCUGCUGGAGCACGGGGCCCAUGUGAACGCUCCCCUGAGCGCAGGGCUCCCAGCAGUGCUGCUCCACACUCAUCAGCUGGACGUCCUGCAGUGUCUGCUGGACAAGGGCUGUGACGCUCGGGCCUGCUUCAGCUGCACACACACACACACCGCCGAACCUGAGCUCAAGUUCUGUGACUGGAUCUGGUCCUCCUGCUGGAGACACUCGGCCGGGCGGAUCAUCGAUCUGCUGCUGGACUAUGUAGGAAACGUUCAGCUGUGCAGCAGGAUCAGAGACCUCCUUCUGGACCAGCCGGAGUGGACCAGCAUUAAGGAGAAAACAUCGUCUCCUCGCGACCUGAAGCAUCUGUGUGGGCUGAGGAUCCGACAGCAGCUGGGGCCCCUGAGACUGAGAUCUGUGGAGGCCCUGCCGCUGCCGGGGCCCAUGCUGCGGUACCUGAGCUGCAGAGGCAGGAGCAGCACUCAUCCUCACCCUCAGCAUCAUCUUCAUCAUCAUCCUCACCCUCAGCAUCAGCAUCAUCCUCAGCAGCGUCAGCAGCAGCUCUGAAGGCAGAGGUCUGAGGGAUAUUCAGACGGGUGCUCGCCAGAUUUUCGUGGAUUGUGGUUUAUGUAUUUAUACCUUUUAAUUUAUCAUGACAUUUUCUAAGUAUUAUGUUUGUGCUUGAUGCACAGUUUUAUGUAGUUUGUGUGAAAAUGCUGAGUAUGAUGGUGG